AUGUUGGAAAGGUUGGCUGGAAAGCAAUAUUUUUGCUUCCUAGACGGGUACAGUGGAUACUUCCAGAUAUAUGUGGAUCCUGAAGAUCAGGAGAAGACAACCUUUACCUGCCCGUUUGGCACUUAUGCGUAUAGAAGAAUACCGUUUGGAUUAUGCUAUGCACCGGGAACAUUCCAGCGUUGGAUGAUGAGCAUCUUCUCAGAUCUGUUGGAGGUAUGCUUUGAAAUUUUUAUGGAUGAUUUCACGGUGUAUGGGAAUUCCUUCGAUGCAUGCUUGGCCAAUUUGGAUCUGGAGGUUCAUCAAGGAUUUUGCAAAGAAGGGUGCAAGAAGGGGUUCCAAAUGCUGAAGGAUAGACUUGUCUCCGCCCCGAUAAUCCGCGCGCCAGACUGGAAUUACCUCUUCGAAGUAAUGUGCGAUGCAAGUGAUUUUGCAGUGGGAGCGGUCCUAGGUCAGAGGAUUGACGGGAAAAGCUAUGUCAUCUUUUAUGCCUCGAAGACCCUCAACCAGGCUCAGAAGAACUAUGAUACCACAGAAAAAGAGAUGUUAGCAGUGUUAUACUCAUUCGAGAAAUUUCGACCGUAUCUAUUAGGGUCGAAAGUAAUAGUCUACACUGAUCACGAUGCGAUUAAGUAUCUCCUGGCCAAGAGGGAGUCUAAGCCAAGGUUGAUUAGAUGGGUGUUGUUGCUGCAAGAAUUUGAUUGGGAGGUAAAAGAUAAGAAGGGGACAGAGAACAAAGUUGCAGAUCAUUUAAUCCGAAUAUUCCAAGGGUAUACGGAUGAAGCUAUACCUGAUGCCUUCCUCGAGGAACAUCUUUAUUAUAUAUGGAAGUCUGCUAGACCUAUUGACUGGGAAACAGUGUUGACAGUAACAGGUCUAGGAACAUCAGACAGGGGGAAGCGCCCGAUGAAUGCAGAGUCAUGGUUCGCUGACCUGGCUAAUUACUUAGUCAUAGGAGAAAUGCCAGGUUGCCACGAAAUUUCCCGGGCCCAGAAAAUGAAGCUGAAGAGUGAAACCAAAUACUACUUCUGGGAUGAUCCCUACCUCUGGAAGAUGUGCUCAAACCCAGAUAAUCCGACGAUGCAUUCCAGAGUGGGAACAGAAAGAUGUCCUAAACCACUGCCAUGCCUUAGCCUGUGGAGAUGUCAACUGACCGGGGGGAUUUCUAGGAGGGAUGAGAUGCCGCAGAAUCCGAUAAUAGUUUGUGAAAUUUUCGAUGUUUGGGGCAUGGACUUUAUGGGCCCUUUCUCAUCUUCAUAUGGGAACACGUACAUCUUGGUUGCAGUAGAUUAUGUAUCCAAAUGGAUAGAAGCAAAGGCUACGCCCACUUGUGAGUCAAAGGAGGUAGCUAAAUUUCUGCGAACCAAUAUUUUCAAUAGAGAUGAAUAUGAAGCGCCGGCCUGUGAAGAAGAACGCAAACUGCAGUUACAGGAAUUGGAGGAACUAAGACUGGAGGCAUUCGACUCGGCCAUGUGGUAUAAAGAAAGAACCAAACUCUGGCAUGAUAAGAACCUCCGGGUCAAGGAACUUCGAGUAGGGCAGAAAGUACUUCUUUUUCAAUCUCGGCUGAAGCUAAUGCCUGGUAAACUGAAAUCCAAGUGGAUAGGGCCAUACACGAUCAUUGGCCUUCGAGCAAAUGGAGCAGUAGAGAUUCAAGGGAGCGCCCCAGACUCGGUUCCUUUCCUAGUAAAUGGGCACAGAGUGAAGGUAUACAUAGAUAAUACAGAUCUGUAUGUGGUGGAAGAGACGCCACUACAUGCAUCUGCUAUUAUUUCUUAA